AAGGAGGGCGGAAGCCUCCGCUCCGCCGGGCUGCCCCUCGCUCCUCCCGCUCUUUGGCAGUUGGGCCUGCGGCGGGCCGAUGGGUGCCCUCGCCGGGGGCCCGAGAGCGCGGAGGCCCCGGGCGGCAGCCCCGGCGGUAGCGCCCGGAUGGUGGCCGCUUCCCUCCCGGCCGGCUGGAGACGCCCUGGCUUCCCGAGCGCUGUGAGGACGUGAGCGGCCGCGCGAGUGGCGUCCUGCCCGAGGCCUCGGGAGCCGACCGGCGGAGGGGACGCUCCGGGUCCGGCGCGGGCGUCAGGUGACUUUGGGCCCGAGGUCCCCCGCCCCAGCCCUGGCGGACGUGGAGCCCUGAUCGUGCUUCGUGGAGCCGCGAGAAUUCCUGGCGGGCAGUAGAGCCUUCGCUGCGCCGCACGCAGGACAGGGCGCGAGCUUGUUCUUUCUCGGAAAGCCCAAAACGAAAAGAGCAAAGAGAUUCCUUGAGAAGAGAGAACCGAAACUCAGUGAAAAUAUUAAAAAUGCAAUGUUGAUUAAAGGGGGAAAUGCGAAUUCAGUGGUGACACAAGUACUUAGAGAUGUGUAUGCACUGAAAAAACCGUAUGGUGUUCUGUAUAAAAAGAAAAACAUUACAAGACCAUUUGAGGAUCAGACAUCAUUGGAAUUCUUUUCAAAGAAGUCAGAUUGUUCUUUAUUUAUGUUUGGCUCCCAUAAUAAGAAGCGGCCAAAUAAUCUAGUAAUAGGUCGUAUGUAUGAUUACCAUGUGCUGGAUAUGAUUGAAUUAGGUAUCGAGAAGUUUGUCUCUCUAAAAGAUGUUAAGAAUAGUAAAUGUCCCGAGGGAACAAAACCCAUGUUAAUAUUUGCUGGUGAUGAUUUUGAUGUAACAGAAGACUAUAGAAGGCUGAAAAAUCUUCUUAUUGAUUUCUUCAGAGGCCCCACAGUAUCAAAUAUCCGUCUGGCUGGUUUAGAGUAUGUUCUGCACUUCACUGCACUGAAUGGGAAAAUUUACUUCCGAAGCUAUAAGUUGUUGCUGAAGAAAUCCGGUUGUAGAACACCAAGGAUUGAAUUGGAAGAGAUGGGGCCCUCGUUGGAUCUGGUUCUGAGGAGGACACGUCUGGCUUCAGAUGAUCUUUAUAAAUUAUCUAUGAAAAUGCCAAAAGCCCUCAAGCCAAAGAAGAAGAAAAAUGUCUCCCAUGAUACUUUUGGUACGACUUAUGGAAGGAUUCAUAUGCAGAAGCAAGACCUAAGCAAACUACAAACCAGGAAAAUGAAGGGGUUGAAGAAGCGACCUGCAGAAAGGAUAACAGAAGACCAGGAGAGAAAAUCAAAGAGAAUUAAAAAAAAUUGAUAGAAUUAA